GUCGCGUUGUGACGGACGAACGGCGACGUGCGGACGUUUGUCUAUGGAACAGUCGCUCGCGGCACGACAAGCUCGUAUUGAAUUUGUGAGAAACUAUUUCAUGUGUAGUGAAAUAAGAGAAAUUAUCACAUUUCUCGCAUGAGAGUGAAUAAAAUAACCGUUUGAACAUGGCGUUGGAGGGUGUUAAAAGUGAAAAAAGUGAGGAAAACAACGGGAACGUCCCAGACGGCAAGGCGAACGGGGUCGACAACAAAAGUAAACAGAUAGACCCGAACACAGCGUUCCUGCGAGCGGCGCGCGCCGGACAACUCGAAACCGUCGUUGACCUCCUCGACUCCGGGGCGGUCAAAGACAUCAACACUAGCAAUUCGAAUGGCCUGAACGCGCUACACUUGGCAGCUAAAGAUGGCCACAUCGCAGUGGUCGAGGAGCUCCUCAAACGGGGGGCCAUCGUGGACGCAGCUACUAAGAAAGGCAACACAGCCCUACACAUAGCAUGCCUAGCGGGCCAGGAGCCAGUGGCGCGGGCGCUGCUCGGCGCAGGCGCCAAGGCAGACGCUCAGUCUGCUGCUGGCUUCACUCCACUAUACAUGGCCGCGCAGGAGAACCAUGCUGGUUGUGUGAAGAUGCUGUUAGCUGCUGGCGCUAGUCAAACACUAGCCACUGAGGAUGGCUUCACCCCAUUAGCUGUGGCCAUGCAGCAGGGACACGACCGCGUGGUCGCCGAGUUGCUAGAAUCUGACACGAGAGGCAAAGUGCGGUUGCCUGCCCUGCAUAUUGCUGCUAAGAAGAAUGACGUCAAGGCUGCCACAUUAUUGCUAGAAAACGAACACAACCCCGACGCCUGUUCCAAGUCCGGGUUCACACCGCUACACAUAGCCGCGCAUUACGGGAACGUCGGUGUGGCCAAGGCUUUACUCGCCGCCGGUGCCGACUCGGGCCGAGCGGCUAAACAUAAUAUCACACCACUGCAUGUUGCCAGCAAGUGGGGACAGCUGGCUAUGGUAGAUCUACUGGUAGAAAAUGGUGCAAACAUUGCCGCUGUGACGAGAGACGGCCUCACCCCUCUGCAUUGCGCUGCGCGCUCCGGACACAGCAACGUCGUGUCGCGGCUGUUACAACACGGUGCCCCCAUCACGAGCAAAACGAAGAACGGACUAACGCCUCUCCACAUGUCCGUCCAAGGCGAACACGUGGAGACGGCCAAAGUCCUCCUCACAGAGGGCGCCCCCAUCGAUGACGUCACCGUAGACUACCUGACGGCCCUACACGUCGCUGCUCACUGUGGACAUGUCAAAGUAGCCAAGCUGCUUCUCGACAGAAACGCAGACGCAAACGCCAGAGCUCUGAACGGCUUCACUCCUUUACACAUCGCCUGCAAGAAGAACAGGCUUAAGGUCGUUGAACUGCUGCUCAAAUAUGGUGCCAGUAAAUCAGCGACCACAGAAUCCGGCCUGACGCCCCUCCACGUGGCGUCGUUCAUGGGCUGCAUGAACAUCGCCCUUGUGCUAGUGGGCGCGGGAGCGGAGGCGGACGCGUGCACGGCGCGCGGUGAAACACCCUUGCAUCUGGCCGCCAGGGCACAUCAGACGGAUCUAGUGCGGGUGCUGCUGCGAAACAACGCUAAGGUGGAAGCCCGAGCACGCGAAGAGCAGACUCCUCUCCACGUAGCAGCACGUCUUGGACACGCCGACAUCGCUGCGUUGCUGUUACAACAUGGCGCCGAUGUCGCUGCAGCUACCAAGGACCAUUACACGCCGCUACACAUCGCAGCUAAAGAAGGCAAAGAAGAAGUAGCCUCCAUUUUACUCGACAACAACGCGCCAAUCGAAGCCGAGACCCGCAAAGGUUUCACACCCCUGCACCUCGCGGCCAAAUAUGGCGACAUCGGAGUAGCCCGGCUCCUACUCGCCAGGGGCGCGCAACCUGACGCGCCAGGCAAAAGCCACAUCACACCUCUACACAUGGCUACUUAUUACGGACAUCCAGAUAUCGCGUUGCUUCUCUUGGAUAAAGGUGCGUCGCCGCACUCGCUCGCCAAGAACGGUCAUUCAGCGCUGCAUAUCGCCUGUCGGCACAACCAUCCUGACAUCGCGUUCGCGCUGCUCGAACAUGACGCGGACCCGGGCGUGAAAUCCAAGGCCGGGUUCACACCGCUGCACAUGGCGGCCCAAGAAGGGCAUGAGGACUGCGUGGAAAUGCUCAUAGAGAGAGGGGCUGAUGUCAACGUUCCGGCUAACAAUGGCCUAACUCCAGUGCACCUAGCCGCCUCCGAAGGCCGCACAGCCGUCCUGAAGGCGCUGCUGGCGGCCGGCGGGCAGUGCGGCGCGCGCACCCGCGACGGCUACACGCCGCUGCACGCCGCCGCGCACCACGGCCACCACGCGGCCGCCAGGGCGCUAGUGGAGGCCGGGGCGGACGUCACAGCCAGGGCUCAACAUGGGUUCACGCCCCUGCACCAAGCGUCGCAGCAAGGCCACACGCUCAUCAUUCAGCUCCUGCUCAAGAGUAAUGCUGAUCCGAACGCACUCUCUGCUAACGGGCAGACUGCGUGCGCCAUCGCCGACCGUCUGGGCUACAUCAGCGCUGUGGAGGCUUUACGUCCAGUCACGGAGAAUACUCUUAGCCAAGCCGUCGGUGACACUGGCGGCUUGGAGGGCAAAUACAGAGUGGCUGCGCCUGAGCUCAUGCAGGACACCUUCAUGAGCGAUUCCGAGGACGAAGGAGGAGAAGUCGAGUGUCCAAUUCAGCAGCAGCAACAAUACCGCUACAUGAACAGCGAGGCCGGCACCCUGCACCGGGCGCGGCCCCUCGAGGACUCCGUCACGGACGGCCACCUCUACCCCAGCAACAAUGACAAGAAGGUGGCCACCAUCGACCGGCAGCCGCUCGACAUCGGAUUUCUGGUGUCGUUCGUGGUGGACGCGCGCGGCGGGGCCAUGAAGGCCAAGCGGCGCGGCGGCGUGCGCAUCGUCGUGCCGCCCGCCGCCUGCGCCGCCCCCACCCGGGUCACAUGCCGAGCGGCCACGCGGCGCGCGCCGGCCGCGGCGCCGCCGCCGCUGAUGGAGGGCGAGGCGCUGGCGUCGCGCCUGCUCGAGCUGCAGCCGCAGGGCGCCAAGUUCCUGGCGCCAGUAAUAAUCGAGGUGCCUAUCUUCACAUCGUCGUGCAAAGAGCGAGAGAUCGUCAUCCUACGAUCAGACACCGGCGACACGUGGCAGGACCACUAUCUGCACAAUAAUGACAACCCUAUGAUACAGGAAGCGUUACAUCGCGAGCGACUUGAGCACGGCACGUCUGGCGAAACACUGGGCGAAAAUGGCGAACGAGUGACCAGAAUUAUCACCUGCGACUUCCCUCAUUACUUGGCUGUCGUUUCCCGCGUACGACAAGAAGUUCACAUCAUCGGGCCAGAGGGCGGCACUGUGUCCAGCUCGCAUAUACCACAGGUCCAAGCGUUAUUCCCACCGCAAGCGCUCACAAAACGCAUCCGCGUCGGCGUGCAAGCGCACGGCGCACCGGCCGCUCUGUGCAAGCGAGCGCUCCCGCGACACGUCGCAGUCGCUCCGGUUAUUACUGUGGAACCGAGACGGAGGAAGUUCCAUCGCUCCAUCACGCUCACAUCACCGCUGCCCAAGACCGAGAAUGGACCCCACGACAAGCAGUCCACGUCAACCCUGCGACUGCUGUGUUCGAUCAUGGGCGGGCAGGCGCGCGCUGUAUGGGAGGACGUCACUGGUUCCACGCCGUUGACGGUCACUGAUGAUUGCGGAUCGUUCACUACCACCGUCUCGGCCAGAUUCUGGUUGAUGAAUUGUCAAAACGUCAGCGAUGCCACCAAAUUAGCGACUGAACUUUACAAGGAGAUGUUGCUGGUGCCAUUCGAAGUCCGUAUCGUGGUGCUGGGCAAGCGGCUAGACGCGCUGGAAGGCAGGCUGCUGGUGCUGUACAUCACCGAUAGAUACGCGUACGAGACUCUGCUGCAGCAGGAGCACUACACGGAGGUGGCGCACUCCACGUCGGUGAAGUUCCUGGACAGCAAGGAGGUGUACCUGGAGUUCAGCGGGAACCUGGUGCCGGUCACCAAGUCCGGCUCGCAGCCCAUGUUCAAGUUCGAGGCAUUCAAGGACAACCGCGUGGAGUUCCCGGUGCGAGUGAAACAUCACGAGGAGAGCCCCUCCGGACGCAUUUACUUCAUGAACGAACCUAAGGUGCCGAAGGGCGAGCAGUCGCAGACGCCGGCGUGCGUGCUGGACGUGGAGCUGCCCGAGAGGAUCGCGCCGCGCGCCGGCAAGAGCCAGGUCGACUGCCUCAACCUCGACCAGUCCGGUUUCGACGCGCUGAAGGACGAGCUGAGCUUCCACAGCUGGGACCACCACCAUCACCACGGGCCCAUCGCGCCGCCGCCACCGCCGCCUCUCAACGGACACACGGACGACGACUUGAUUAUUACGAACGGCGACGUGAAAUAUCCUACUAGGGACUCCGAAGAUGCAGUCAUCAAACCACAACCCAACGGUGACACCAAUCACGUCGACUCAAACAAAGUCAAAGCCACGUUCGACUCCGAUGAGGACAAAACUCCCAUGAACACCCUCGAGAAAGGAGACAAGGAGAAGGGCAAGAAGAAGGAGGGCUUCCUCGGGGGCCUCGCCGACAAGGUCAAACACGUCUUCAGCCACAGCCAGGACGAGGACGACAAAGACUCCCCCAAACCCAAACCCAGAGAGUCCAAAGAAAAGAGCCCACCGAAACAAAAGAAAGACAAGAACUCACCAAAACGAGACGACAAAGAAAAGAGCCCGCCUAAACAACAGAAAGAAAAAACCCCUAAACCCGAAGAAAAAGAAAAGACACCACCCAAACCUGCACCUAGAAUCAUUAGCGAAGACUUACUCGAAAAAGUCGAUGAUAUAUUCAAGGAUCUCAAAACGAAACCGCAUCAAAAGGAGAAGGAGGAAGAUCUCAACAGUGAAGUGUACACAACUCGCCUAGUUGUUGAUGAAGAUAGACCGGCAAACUUGCAGAAUAUUACUGAAGAAUUGUAUGAGCAAUACGCUAAUAUGCAGCCGGUAGAAACGCCCAUGCGAGUUCCCAAGAUAGAUCCCUUCGCGUACCCUACAGUGUGCUGCGAUGGCCCCAAGGGACCCAAACAUAGUCACGAAGAAACCUCUACCUUACUCGAUCAAAUUGAACAAGCUAAAUUCGCCGCACAUGAAAAGUUACAUGACGUUGGUGACAAAGUACAAAGCAAUGUGGAUGAAGGUGUUGCUAAGUUGGGACAAGAAAAAGAUAAGUUGAAGCGCCAAGCGUCAGAAUUAAAAGACGAUCUAAUCAUCAAGGAAGAAAACUUUAUAAAGAGUGCUAAAGAUCACGCAAAUGACGCCAAACAAGCAACUGAAGACAGUAUUAACAAGCUCGAGGAAUCCGCGCAUAAAGCUCACGAUGACAUUAACGCUAAAGCUGCAGAUAUUCAAUCGAAUGUUGCCGACGAAUUUGAAAACUUUAAGUCCUCAGCAAACAACGUUUAUGAGAAUGUCGCUUUUGCUGUAGGAGAUUCUAAAAAUAAUUUGAUAAACAAAGCUCAUACAUUGGAUUUCCUGGCGCAAGAACAAGCGGAAGAGCUAAAGAACAGAGGACAUGAGCAGAUGUCGCAAAUCGGACAAAAGGCGAAAGAAGGCGCUAAUGCUGCCAGCGACACCUUCCACACAGUACAAGAUAAUGUUAACCACAAAGCCCAGGAACUAAAAGCAGGUGCCAAAGAAACCGCCGACAAUAUAAAAGAUAAAACGAACGAAAAAUUACACGAUCUUGGUGAAUCGAUAGACAGCGCUAAAGAAAAAGCCGAAGAGGCCGCCGCUGAUCUUAAGUCUAAAGCUGGAAAAGAAAAGGACAAAGCGAAAAAAGAGGCUAAGAAAGCCAAGAAAGAAGGCAAGAACUUUAUUUCUGGCCUAGUAAGCAACAUUUUCGGUGAGAAAGAAAAGAUCGAAAAGGAAGUGAAAGGAAAAGUUGCCGAAGGAAAAGAUGCAGCUAACAACCUGUUAAAUGAAGCGUCGAAUAAAAAAGACGAAAUCAAGGAAGCCGUUGAGCAUAAACAUGAGGAACUUAAAGAUGAUGCUAAUCGCUUAGCUGAAAACGUAAACGACAAAGCUAAGGAAGCUGAAAAGGCGUUACACGAUAAGAAAGAUGAGUUACAGAAAGCGGCACAUGACAAAAAGGAAGGCAUUAAACAUGCGGCCCAAGAAGUCGGCGAUGCCAUACACAAUAAAACUCAAGAGGUCAGUCAGACCCUACACAACAAGAAAGAAGAGGUCGGUAAGGCUGUUCACGAUACUACAGAACAGGUCGGCAAAGCGAUUAGUGAUAAAAAGGAAGAAGUUGGGCAGGCUAUUCAUGACAAAAAGGAAGCUAUUCAGGACAAGGCACAAGAGGUUGGUAAAGCUAUUAACGAUAAAACGCAGGAGGUUUCUAGUGCAGUUAAAGACAAGGCUAACGAAGUAAGCACGGCUAUUCACGAUAAGAAGGAAGCGGCAGCACACGCUGCUCACGAAUUCGGUCAAGCUGUUCAAGACAAAACGCAAGAAGUUUCCAACGCUGUUCAUGAUAAAGCUCACGAAGUUGGCUCAGCCAUCCAUGAUAAGAAGGAUCAAGUUUCACACGCUGCUCACGAAUUCGGUCAAGCUGUUCAGGACAAAACGCAAGAAGUUUCCAACGCUGUUCAUGAUAAAGCUCACGAAGUUGGCUCAGCCAUUCAUGAUAAGAAGGAUCAGGUUUCACACGCUGCUCACGAAUUCGGUCAAGCUGUUCAGGACAAAACGCAAGAAGUUUCCAACGCUGUUCAUAAUAAAGCUCACGAAGUUGGCUCAGCCAUCCAUGAUAAGAAGGAUCAGGUUGCAAAUGCUGCUAACGAAUUCGGCCAGGCUGUUCACGACAAAACGCAAGACGUUUCCAACGCUGUUCAUGAUAAAGCUCACGAAGUUGGCUCAGCCAUCCAUGAUAAGAAGGAUCAGGUUUCACACGCUGCUCACGAAUUCGGUCAUGCUGUUCAGGACAAAACGCAAGAAGUUUCCAACGCUGUUCAUGAUAAAGCUCACGAAGUUGGCUCAGCUAUCCAUGAUAGGAAGGAAGAGGUUUCAAAUGCUGCCCACGAAUUCGGCCAGGCUGUUCACGACAAAACGCAAGACGUUUCGAAUGCUGUUCAUGAUAAAGCACACGAAGUCGGCUCAGCCAUUCACGACAAAACAGAUGAAGCCAAACAUGCACUACAAAACAAAGCAUCAGAACUAGGAAACGCGGUGCACGACAAGAAAGCACAAGUACAAAAUGUUGCAGAAUCAGAAAUGGAUAGAAUAAGACAAACCGCCGAACAAACCACUGAACAAAUCAAGAAAUCAGCCGAAGAUACAAUCAACGCUGCUGCUGACAAAAAAGCAGAAUUACAAUCGAAUCUGUCGAAUAAAUUCGACGACCUACAAAAGCAAGGACACGAUGAACUACACCACAUCAAAAACGCCGCAAGCGACAAGGUUGGCGAUCUACAGCAGGCGUCUAAAAACGCGUUCGACCACGUUCAAGACUCGGCCUUAAGUACUUUCGAUAGAGUCGAAAGUUCAGCUAAGGACAAAGUGAACGACGCGAGAGACCAAUGGGAAGAUUUGCAGAGUUCCACCAGAGAUACUUAUGCUGAUUUCAGGAAUGACGUUCACGGUUUAGAAAGUUCCGCGCAAGACACGCUACACAGCUUCCAAAGUUCCGCUGGAAACACGUUUGAUAGCUUGGAUGACUCGACGAAGGAAUUCUUGGGUGGUGUUCAGAGCUCGACGCAAAAUUUCGAGAAUAAUUCUAAAGAACUCUUCGGUGAUAUGAAGGAGUCUUUUGAGGGCUUCCAAGUCUCGGCUGAAAAUCAAUUGGAGGAUGUAAAAGGGGCCGCUAAGCAGAGGUUUGAGGACAGUAAGGGUGCGGCGGCGGAGAGGCUAGAGGAUGUCAGUGAGAGACUCGAGGGGGUGAAGGAGGGGGCGAAGGAGGGAGGACAGGCGGUGGGGGACGCGGUGGCCAACGAGGCGGACAAAUUCACGAGCAGUCUUAACGAUUUGGGCAACUCCGUGUUUGGAUCUUCAGGCAAAGGUUUCAUGAAGGAUUCCAGCACAAAACUAUUAGAAUCGGAGAAAGCGCAGUCCUCGCCCUCACCACACAAAAAGGGCUCAGGUUUUUUCUCCAAGCUACGGCGCAGUCCGUGAAGGCGACCAAUAGCAUCACUCCGCGGUUUUGAAACGAAAGGCGAUUGGCGGAUGGAUAGAAUGUAUGCUUUAAGUACAUUUUUAUUAGAUAGCGGUAUACUGCUUUAGACGUGUUGGCCCUUCCUGUAAGCUUCUUUAGAUCUAAGGAGAAGUAAAAUAUAAUAUGUAUUUCACUAACAAUUUCGGUAAAAUUAGUGAUAAUAAUAUUAUAUUCAGCCAUUGUUAGCAAUUCAAUAAGAGCGAAAAUAAAAUGGAAACAAUGUUCGCGGUGGUAUGGUUACUUGUUAGAAUAUUGUAUCAAUAGAGUUUUACAGCUAUCGUGAUAGGUGAUAGUUAUCCAAAUGGUUUUGUAACAUUUUAAUUAAAUAGCGACUUGAAAAGUUAUCUACAAAAAUGUUACAAAUGAUUUUGGACGGUUUAUCGUUGAAGUGUUCAAAAAUGUAACCUGCCAUUGGAUUUUAAAUACCUAAGUUUGAAGUUUUAUAGCGUUGAAUUUUAUAGGGUAGAUAUGGUUUAAGCAGAAUCGAAUACCUUGCCUUAAUCCUCAAUAGCAGGAAAUGAUAAGACCAAUGCACACCAGAUACGUAAACCAGCAGGGCCCUUUAUAAUGUAAUCUGUAUCACAUUAUGUAUUUGCAUUUUGUGACUUUAACAUAAUGUGUCGAUCAUGCAACGUAAAGUUAUACCAUACAUAAGUAAAUCACGUAUCUACGUAAAGAGAAGAGCCGUGUUACGUAUUAGAUGUGUAUGGGCCUUAAAUGAAUCGUUGCGGUGUCGUGUAAACUACAAAAACUACACAGCAAAUUGGUUCAUUUUCUCGCAACUUUUAUACUUUAAUAAGAUUACCAGUUGCCUUUACUCCCUCGACAAUAGCAAUUUAUUUCCCGCCUAUAAGAUUUUAAAUUGGUGUCUUAAUGUUUUGUUGUGUUGUGGAUAUGUGUUAAGUGCACACAAGUGUGCGGUGUGUCACAAGAAUGUUAAUUGUUCAUAUGGGUGCUUGGACGGAGGCCACAACUAAAGUUAUCUUAUAAUAAAUAUAGUCUUACUGUGGGACAAUGCAAGUAUACUGUAGUACCUAAUAAAGAUGUAAAUGUUUGAUGUUUGAAGUGCCGUAUGUGGGAAAUAUAUAUCCCUUAGCUUGGUAAAGGGUUAAAAACAGUUUAAGUAUGGCUUCGCUGCUAUUUACCUUUUCAUUCAUACAAAAUGAGAUUUUAAAUUAUACUAGCAUUGUCCCAUUGUAUUUAAAGUAAUACUAAGUAUAGCGUUAAAUUCAUACUUAUCACAGCUCACUACUCUACAUAUAGCGCACCGAUCGUAAACGUAUACUAUUUUACGAAAAAGCCAUUAUUUUAGACGGUACGUCGUUAAAUAGGCGUAGUAUAAAGUUAUAUCGUUUUAUAUGAUUGGAAUGCAUUGUCUAUCUAUCCUCGUAAGACCCAAUAUAUAGUUUAGUAAACCUACUUAUUUUGUCCGUAGAAAAAUAAGCAAAGUUUAAAAUUUCUAUGGCAGCUUUAUAGUCCGUUUUUUUUAGCAUUAGAAAGAACUUCGCAGAAGUAAGCUUGUGGUUGCAAACCCGGCACUUUUAGCGGUAAUAAUUUGAAGUAAAUUAUAUGUAUUGACCAUGCUACAUUAGAUAAUUCAAUAAUUAUUAACAAAUAACGAGCCUGAUAAAAACUGCACGCUUGCUUCUGUGGAGUUCUUUCUAAUGCUAAAAAAAACGAACUAUAGUCAUCGUAACCCUAUACCGGGUGUGGCCUGUAACACGAGCAAAUAAUUAAAACAUAGAUUGUACUCCUCAAACGGUGACCUAUUGCUCAAAAAUUAUUAAGUAUUUAGACUCCCUAUUUUUCAUACAAAAUAAAUAUUAUCUUCAAUGGACGCCAUCGCCACGCCAUAUCAUUGUGAUUGACGUUGCUUGUCAAGCCUUAAACAUAACAAAUAUCGAAAUACAUUGCGUCUUUGAAUAACUUUUAAAGUGUAUUAAAAAUCAAACUAUAAGUUAUUUUUAAAAGUAGCUGAACAAAUGUUGAUCAGUAUGAGGAAUACAGCCUACAGUUAAAUUUUUUACUCGUAUUACAGGCCACACCCGGUAUUUAUAAAUAUUUUGUCAUCUUUUUUACUGACAGUGGGGUUUGUCAGACUAUAUUGCAGGCCGUUUCAUUAAUGCUAAGUGACCUAAAACAUAUAGGUAAUUUUAACAUUUUAGCUAAAUUGGAUACGAUUUAUAAUAAUAAAAUAGUUGUCCUAAAAAUAGGCCAGUGGGUCUUACGAGGCUAUUGUAAUAAGAGACCUUUCGUGCUAAUUAUUUUUACCUGAAAUGUUUAAACGUAUUUUCAACACUAUUGCGAACGAAAUUCAUUAACUAAAUUUCUUUAUUUCGCUUCGUGCGAAAAAAGAAUGACAACUCGUAUCUAUAAGUAAUAAUAAUCGUUUUGCACCAGUUUCACAUUUUGAACUUCUCUCACUUUUGAAAUUAUCAUGAUUUUUAUAAAUAAUGUAAUGCAGCGACAUCUCUAGCCAAUUUUUGUAACUACAAUAAUAAUAUCUGAUAAUAUGUAACGGGUUGAGAGGCGGUACCUCAAUGUGGCGCACGCUACGCACGCAAGUCAAAAUGGGUGGGUAAAUAGGGUUGACUGUGAAUUAAGCCUCGAUCGAGUCUUAUUAAAAAUCGGGGGCUCAAGGCUUCUGUAAUGAUUAGAACUAGAGAUGCCACGAAUAUUCGGCAAAUAUUCGGUAUUCGGCCACUUUGCCGAAUAUUCGGUAUUCGGCCGAAUGUUGCCUACUAUUCGGCCGAAUACCAAAUAUCUGUUGCACCUACCUAAAAAGAAAAAUUACAUAAAAUAAUAACCAAAAACUGGGAAUAUUUAAUAUUUAAAAAGUAUUAUUGGAAAGUAAUUAAAUACGAAGGCACGUUUAUGAGCAUUUGUUCAUUACAAAAUAUUUUAUUUUUAUCAUGGGUCUGAUUUGAUUGACUCUAACUACAUUCGUUAAUUAUGUUCAACUUAAAAAUAUAUAUUUUAGCAAACGUUGUGCUUUAUUGUUGUCGAACAGGGGACCGAUUUUUGAAAUUCGACCACUCGGUUUCGUGUAUUUCGUUAAAUGAUAUCUCCGCUACUAGGCGUUUAAAUUCUACUAAUAGAAUUGAAAUCGAGUGGUCAAUACAACUAGAUUCCAAAUUUCGAUCGCUCGUAUUUCAAAAAUUUCAAUUUCGCCGUUUUCCACCGAUUUUCGAAUGACGAAAUCGAGUGAUCGAAAUUCAAAAAUCGGCCCCCAGUUUUCAUAAUAAUUGUAACUCAAAAUAUUCGCAUCUCGGUCGCCGACUAUUCGAUAUUCGGCCGAGAGAGGGGCCGAAUAUUCGGUAUUCGGCCAAAUUCACUAUUCGGGGCAUCUCUAGUUAGAACGCAAAUUUUACCCAGUCUAUAGAAGCUCAACUGUAUGGGCAGUCCCUAGAAAAAAAUAAACGUGUGUGUGCGUCCGUGUUACGCUGUGGGAUAUCGUUGAAUAACUUGUUUCACAUUUUUAUAGGCCGAGAGGUCUCGUGUACCGGGCGCGAUGCCUGUUCAUUUUAAAAUAUAGUAAAAUUUUGGAAAUACUGUGAUGCCAAAAUAUAAUGAAGAUUAUGUGUAAAGUUAAAUAGAGUUUUGUUAAUUUAUGAAUAGAGUUUAUCUUCAGUCUAUUUAUUGCUUUUAGUAAUAAAUAUAAUUGCGAAA